AUGAGAAAACUGGCUUUUCGUUAUAGAAGAGUAAAAGAAAUUUACAACACAUAUAAAAAUAAUGUUGGAGGUCUGCUUGGCCCAGCAAAGAGGGAAGCUUGGCUACAGUUGAGGGCUGAGAUUGAAGCCUUGACAGAUUCUUGGUUAACACUUGCACUGAAAGCCCUCACCUUAAUUCAUUCUAGGACAAAUUGUGUAAAUAUACUUGUUACAACUACCCAACUUAUACCAGCAUUGGCGAAGGUCCUGUUGUAUGGAUUAGGAGUUGUGUUUCCCAUUGAAAACAUUUAUAGUGCAACUAAAAUAGGUAAAGAAAGCUGCUUUGAGAGGAUAGUCCAGAGGUUUGGCAGGAAAGUGGUCUAUGUAGUAGUAGGAGAUGGAGUAGAAGAAGAGCAAGGAGCCAAAAAGCAUUCAAUGCCAUUUUGGAGAAUAACAAGCCACUCAGAUUUAAUGGCACUGCACCAUGCCCUGGAACUUGAAUACUUGUAG